CGCGUAUCGGCAACGAGAGUCGACAGAACAGAACAGAAUCAGAAUCAGAAAGAGAAAACGGAGGAAGCAAGAAGAAGAGUCAAUGGAGGAUUUAUGGAAGAGAGCCAAAAGUUUCGCAGAAGAAGCGGCUAAGAAAUCCCAGACCUUAACGUCGACCUCCACACUCUCCGAAUUGGUCUCCGAAACUGCCAAAAAGUCCAAGGAGCUCGCCGCCGAGGCAUCCAAGACGGCUGAUCUCAUUAAAACCGCCGCCAUCCACCACGCCGAUCACCUCAAAUCACUCAACGUCUCCGACAUUAUUCCUCCUCAACUCUCUUCCAUUUCCAUCCCCAAUUUCUCCGCCCCCUCCCCGCAUUCUCACUCCGACCUCCACAAGUUUGGCCUCGACGACGAUCUGAGGGACUUCGUUAGGGGCUUCACUUCGACGACUUUCCAGAACUUUCCGAUCCAAGACGCGCCGGAGGUCUCUGACGUAUCGGUUACGGCCUCGAAUGUGCGCAAGGAUCUGACGGAAUGGCAGGAACAUCAUGCCACGCUGGUUCUCACCAAUGUCAAGGAAAUUUCAAGAUUAAGAUACGAAUUAUGUCCAAGAAUUAUGAAAGAGAGGAUAUUCUGGAGGAUAUAUUUUACACUUGUCAACAGUCAUGUUGCUCCAUAUGAGAAGAAAUACAUGGAAGAGAUUAAGCUAAAGUCCGAGGAACAAAGAAAAGCUGAUGAAGGUAAGCAAACUCCGUUGGUCGGAGCCUCCGAAAAAGUUGAAGGGACCGAAAAGAACCUGAAGGGCAAAACUUCCAAUUUGUCAUCUGCUGACCAAGACUUGGAUACUUUUCUUUUGGGAGAUCUUGAAGACAGUGAUGGAGGAGGUGCAGAUGAUGGUGAUGAAAGUUUCGAUGAUGACUUUGACAAGAUUGAAAAUUCGGACGUCGAAGAAGAAAACCCGAAGGGGGGAGCUGCAGCAAGUUAGAAUCAAACGUACAAUGAGAUGAGAAAAAGAUGCAACAGGUGAGACACGGGGUUUACAGGAGGAAUCGUGGCUUGGCUUGACUUCCAUGACAAAUAGACAGACGGGCUGUUGAGAAGAAAGUGGUGGUGAAUAGUGAAUACUAUACCUUAUCGAAGUAUUGCUUGCAUAAGGAGAGGAAAAAAAAAAAAAAAGAUUGCAGGUUGUUUCUAUAGCAAUAUCAGUAAAUUUUUACUCCCUAUCGAUUCUAUUCAAUUGUAUAAACAAACCAACGCUAUCAUUGAUUGUCGACUCUCUAUAUACUACUGGGAGUGGCUGGUGUUCCCUUGCUCGCAGUUGUACMAAUCUGCAGCUCAACAAAUGGAAUUAUUCUGUUCUUACUUU